GAUUAUGACAAAUAUUUCUCAAUUAUUAAUCCUCUCAAUUUAUUCAUCUUGAUUGACGAAGUUAAUCUGGGUUUUUAUAAAGUGCAAUCAACAGAACCUAGAAAAUUUUUAAGAAACAAAGUGUAUUUAUUUUUUUUUAUUGUGUGGGUGUUUCAUUUGUCAUAAUGUCAUGUCUUGAAAUAAAGGAUUAGAUCAUAGUUUGAUAUUUAAAAGUAGACUGAAUAUUAUUUUUGGUACACAAUAAAUGAAAAUUAUGUAAUGCCAGUGCAAACAUUACUUACAAUUUAAUAAAGGAACUGUCAAUUUUGAAAACAAUAAUGCCUUUCAGUCAAAAAGUAUUUUUACCGGUACUAAUCGGUUUAUCAUUGUGCGGAGCAAGUGCAUAUUUAGUGUAUUUGUUAACAAAAAAUAAUGAUGAAGAGGACAAUGUACCUAGGUCGUCACCAUAUCGACGAAGUUUUGAGAUGAAAAUACCAAAAGACGUAGUAGCUACAUUAAUUGGACGUGGUGGAUCCAAUAUUAAAGAAAUUCAAGAAAAAUCAGGAUGUCGAAUUAAUUUUAAGGAUGGCGACCUUGAUGAAGAAGAACGCACCUGUGUCAUUCGAGGCACUCCAGAUGAAAUACAUUUAGCUGAAUUAUUAAUAACAGAAUUUUUAGCUAGUAUAGCAUUAAUCGAAGUUGAAGAAAUCUGGGUUCCUAAAACUGCAUGUGGGCGAAUUAUUGGCCGUUGUGGCGAAAAUAUUCAACGUGUAAUGCGAUCAUCAAAUGCUAAAAUCAAUAUUAGUAAAGAACCUGAGGGAUCUGAUGAUUCCCAACAAAAAAUAUCAAUUAAAGGUACUUCUGAACAAAUAUCCGUUGCAAUAUCAAUGAUAGAAACGUUCGUUGCUGAAGACGCUGAAAUUCGUCAGAAUUUAGCACAACGCCAACCUCGUGGACCACCACGAAUAUCACCUGCUCCAAGUCCCACUCCUUUAAGAAAAGAGGCAAGCUCAACUUCAAUAGCUUCGUCAAAAAACGAAAAAUUUGUUGAAAAUGGGUCACAUAUUGAUGGUCAGAUUGAAGUCUAUGUAUCGGCCGUUGAUGAUCCUAGUAAAUUUUGGGUACAAAUUGUUGGACCAAAAGCUACCGAAUUAGAUCAACUUGUUGAUCAGAUGACUGAAUAUUAUAGUAAAGAAGAAAAUGCGUCGUUACAUGAAUUAACAGACAUUUCAAUCGGUGAAAUUGUUGCCGCAAAAUUUGAGUUCGAUAAUAAAUGGUAUCGUGCUGAAAUUAAAAAAAUCAGAUCGGAAAAAGAUAAAUCCGAAUUACUCGAAUUGUAUUUUGUCGAUUAUGGUGAUGUUGCCAUUGCAAGUAAAAACGAAGUUUACGAGUUACGUACUGACUUCUUACGAUUACGAUUCCAAGCGAUCGAAUGCUAUUUAGCUAAUGUUGAACCAAUCAAUCGUGAAUGGAGCGAAGAAGCUGUCGAUUUAUUCGAAGAGUUAACACAAGUUGCUCAAUGGAAAAAGCUAUGGUCGAAAGUUGUAUGUUAUCGUGAUCAUCGUGGAAGGGCUGGUGAUUCUAAAGACCGUCGUCGUCGGGAAGGAUCUCCAAUCCCGGGUAUCCAGUUAUACGAUAACACAAAAGAUGGUGAUUUAAAUGUGGCUGAUGAGUUAGUAAAAGCUGGUUUUGCUAUUUAUGAAAAAGAUUCUGCAUCCUUACAUGGAGGUUCAUCUUUAAGCUCUUUAAAUAAUGACCAUGUUACACCCAAAUCGAAAACUUUCGAUUCUAUGAAGUUAUCAAAUGAUUCAUUGGAUGAGAGCUCAAAUAUUUCCGAUGUUUCCAGUAUUUCUGAAUCAAUUGAUACGAAAAAUGAUACAACCUCAGAUUCAGUUACAACUCCAAACAUUCCAACGAUUAAAUUGUCCGAUGUUGAUAAUAAAAAUGUAACUCCAAGUUCAUCCAACAAUGACGAUAACGAUUUAAUUUUUUCAACUCCGGCAGAAAAUGCGAAUAAUACUUCCACCAUUACCACUUUCUCACAAUACGAUAAUAAUUUUCAACAAAAUGGAAAUACAACUGAAAUUAGUGGUAACGGAACCGGCGAUCAAUUACUAUUUAAUACACCAUCAAGUAUCACCAAACAUACACCAACACCAAAAUCAACAGAUGACUUCUUAAACAAUGAGCGUUUAACUCAUGGCGGAAGUGGUGAUAGUAAUAUGGCUUCCUCUACACCAUUAACUAUUAAAACAAAUUCAUUAUUACGUAAAAUUGAAUAAAAAACAAACAUAUUUUUUUAAAAAUAUUUUCAAUUGUCUUUUUAAAAAUGUAGUUAGGUAUUAUUAAAAUGUUAUGAGAGUUGCCACCAUGCAUGAAUUCUCGAAUUACGUUCGAAUGCGAGAUUU